CUGGCCACCAAGGUGGCCACCUACGCACAGCAGCUGAUCCAGGAGUACCCAGCUCAGGGACCGCCUGGGGACCCCCACGAGAGCUGGGAUGCUGUCCAGCAGCAGCUCGGCUGCUGCGGCUGGAACAGGCGCCAGGACUGGGACCACCACGAGGGACCCUCCGGGGACACGGACGGGGCCGAGACCGUCGCCUGCUCCUGCCUCAAGGCCCCCAACAGCACCCACGGGACCCCGGGGGUGCUGCCCCACGGCCGCUGCCCCGUAGCUGCCCCCAGUGACAUCUUCCCCAAGGGCUGUGCCGCGGGCGUCCGGGACUGGCUGGCCGCAAACCUGAUCACCAUCGUGGGGGUCUGCGUGGGCAUCGGCCUGGGGGAGCUCGCCCUCCUGAUGCUGUCGAUGUUCCUGGUCAGGAACCUGGACCCCCACUACGAGAAGCUGCUGCGGGGGUUCUGAGGGGCCGGGG